UUUUGUGAAAGAUAUCAGCGAAAGUGGAUGUUCCUUAGCAGAAUUUUGCAUGACAUGUCUAUGAGCACAAAAAACAUAGAGUUGAGAGAGAAGUUUUCCCCGGUGGAUGAGAUGUUUCGUGAACUGAUUCAGGCUAUAUCAAGUGACCCCCAUGUGCUGAAUUUUGUUAGAUUGAGAAAGACUAGAGAGACAAAUUGUGACUUCCAUGGACAACAUUUACGCAUUAUCCUCAUUAAAGGACUCACAGCAAUGGAGGAAAUUUGCAGUCAGUUAUUGUAUCUUCUAGACUCACCACGUAGUGAGUUCCCCAGACUGUGUUUUCUCAGCGAUGGGGAGGUGAUUGAACUUCUCUCACUGCAUCUGACAACAUCCUCCCUUCUACCAUUUGCGCGCAAAUGCUUCAGGGGAGUACAGUGGUUUGAGGUUGACAACAAUAGUACAAAUGACAUGACAAACAAAAACAUUGAGCCAGAUCUCCCCUGCACUCAGAUGUGGAUUAAUGGUGUAUAUGGAAUGCUAAUGGAACAUGUACACUUUGUCUGUCCUCUUAAACUUAAUUUAAACCCUGUAGUUUGUCUUGAUCGUUUGGAGAAAAAUUUACAUCAAACAGUUAAACAGCUGAUUGUGAAAUGCAUUGCCACCCGACAGUGUCCUGAACCAGAAGAAAAUAGUCCUGAAGAAAAUAAACAAGUUGAUGAUAAUAUCCCUACACCAGACCAUACUUGCAUUUUCAUCACAUCAGCAAAGGAUGAAGGAAAAACUCCAAAUGUCCUUACAUCAUCAUUUUUUAAACUAAUAUCUGAAUAUCCACUGCAAUGCCUUUUGGUUGCAGAAGAAGUUCUGUGGUACAGUGAAAUAUGUAAAGUUUCCCUAAGCCAAGCUCAAAACAAGUGGAUAGACAUCAAAACACAAACUACCACAAAACUUCAGAGACUUUGCAAAGCUGUACAAGAUAUCAUUGCAGAUUCCUAUAAUAGCACCUUGGCAACACAGCACACAGUGACAGCCCUUCGUGCCAUCAUUUUACUGAUCAUGAAGCAUUCCCAACAGAUUGAUGGGCUUGUUGAUAUAAAAGGAAGUCUGGAAUCGUCUUUUGAAUGGCAGAGGCUUAUGAAAUACCGCCAUAGUGUCAUUGAUAACUGGAGCAAUGUCGGCCAGGAUAACCCAUGCUACAGUGAAGAGUCUGUUUAUGUUGAUGUCUUGGGGACACAGUUAGCCUAUGGUAAUGAAUAUAUAGGGCCAGAAAACUGGAUGAUGGUGAACACCACUUCAACAGAGCGAGCACAUUUGGGCAUUCUUCUUGCCUUCACUAGUUACAAAUGUGCCUUCAUUAGUGGACCUCUUAUGUCUGGCAAGCAAAGGACUGCACUUCAAUUGGGAUGGGCAUUAGGACAACAAGUUAUCACUUUGAGGUGCUGUUCAAGUACAAGUUUUGUGGCUGUUUGUCAAAUGUUUCUUGGUGCACUUCAAAGUGGUGCAUGGCUAGUGCUUAGUUCUGUAGAUUUAUUGGAACAAGGGAUUUUAUCCAUUCUUGGGCAGUGUUUGACAGACAUCCAUCAAUGUCUGUCAAUAAAUCUGGAAAAUGGACAACAAAAAGAGCUUCAAGAUCACAGUGAUAAGGAUAGACAUUUUGACAAAAAUCACAGCGAAAAGAUGACUGAAAUAAAAUGCCAAGUACUAUUUGGAGAAAACAAAAUUUUGGCAAAGCCAAGCUAUGGCUGCAUUAUAAUUUCAUCAAAUGGGUACUCAGCUGAAAUACCAGAAAACCUGCGCAUUACAACAAGACCUGUUUCAUUUAUGCAUCCUGACUCUAGCAUUAUUGCAGAGGUUUUGCUGAUUUCUUUGGGAUUUUCUGAAGCAACCAGCAUUAGCCGACGUCUAAUUUCUUUAAUUAGCCUAAGUAGCGAUUUAUUUUGCCUUCCAGAAUUUGUCUGUCGAGAUCGGUGUUCCUGGCUUGUACUUCUCAGAAAAGUCAUAGAUGCAUCUGGAAUAUACCUGUACAGAAAGUCUGAAGAAACUCCUGAGAGACCAACUAAUGUCAGCGUCAGUGCAUCUGAAAACAUAUUACAGGACUAUCAUUUAUCCCCUCAUAAGUUCACCAGUAAACCUUCCAUGGCAAAUGCUAUAAGAGAAGAGCAAGCAUUAAUCAAAGGGGUAAUGUCUGUAUUAUUGUCUGCCAUCUGUGAUCACAAUACAGCCUUUCAAUUCUGCACCAUUUUUGAAGAAAUCUUCCCAGCAGCAAGAUACUGUCCAGAUUUCCAAUACAUUAUUGAAGAGAAGGAGAGAAAUGCCCUUAGAAAUGCUGUCACAGAGGAGUUGCAACAAACAGCAUUUUGUGCUGACUCACAAAUACUUGACAAUGCUUUGACCCUGCAUCAAAGCCUGAAGUUUUCUAAGGCAGUUGUGAUUGUUGGGCCAGCAGGUAGUGGAAAAACAACUUUAUAUAGAGCUCUUGCAGGAGCACAUCGGCGACUUGCAGGAACAUCUGUGGAGGAAAUUGUUGCAGAUACCAACCUUUUGUCACGUUCAAGUUGGUGUUCAGUUGACAUAAUUGUCUUAUUUCCUAACGCUUUGUCGCAUGAGGAGCUUUUUGGUGCAUGCUCUGAACAAACGGGUUCCUGGAGGGAUGGUGCCUUCACUAAAGUGUUAAGAGACAGUGAGCAGUAUGAGUUUUCUGUUCAUUCUUUGCCCCAAACUAAGCAAAAACAUGGGCCACAAAAAGUUAAGUGGCUAGUGUUGGAUGGGGAACCCUUGACCUGCCCUAAGUGGUUUGAUUCUUUGAGUACCCUUUGCAACCCUGAAAAUCCCUUUCUUAGCCUUUCAUCUGGUGAGAAGAUUCAUCCAUCACAAGAGGGAAUUAAAAUUCUUGUUGAAACCACAAGCCUUGAUGAUGCCACUCCCUCUGCAUUGGCAUGGUGCAGCCUGGUGUGCAUUUCUGGAAAUGACACGUGGAAAAAUGUGUGGAAAGCUGAAAUGGAUGGUCUGUACUGGGAGCAUGUUUUGGACCAGAACUGUCUGAAAAUGUGGAGGUGUCUGGCUGAAGAUCUUUUUUCUAGCACCAUAAUUUUCCUCAGGCAUAAAGGUUUAAACUCUGCAAUGUCCAAUGAAGGACUUGACGCUAGUACAUCAAGUACUGGAAUCGCUAAUGGAUUGCAAGAAGUAAUGUCAUUCAUUAAAAUACUCUAUGCUCUUCUUGGGGAGUCUGGAAAGAGGAGUAGCCUGAAAUCAGUAUCUAAAGAAAAAACAGACCCUACCCUCAAGCCACCGUCCACAGAGCUACAUGCAAGAAACCUCUUUGUGAUCGCUUAUAUUUGGGGUUUUGGUGGGCAGCUGCACCCUAGGUAUGCUCAAAAUGAUCUUUUGCAGUUUUAUAAUUAUAAUAUAUUUACAUUAUUAUUACAAUAAUAUAGUAAUUAUAAUUUUAUAAUUAUAAAAUUAGUGUGCAGUAGUUUUUUCUGCUUGAAAUGUUUUUGUUACUCUCUUGAUUUUAGACACUGGCCACAGUUUGAUAUUUUUGCCCGGGAA